ACCAUUGUUUUUAUGGGUUAAACAACGCAGGCCAUUAUCGUCUACCAAAAUCACCUUGGAAGCAAUUGGUGAACAUCUCCUCUCGCCACUUCUCACUUGGAGAUUGGAAUGAAUUGUGUUCCGAAUAGUGUCUCUGAUGGCACUGUGCUGCUCAGUAAAGGGAUGACUAUAACACCACGAGAAUCAUUCAUAGUUUCCUUAAAUCAAAAGCCCAACAUAUCGUCAGGUCUUAGUUUUCUCAAUUCCUUGCAGUAUACUUGCUGCAAGAUUAGUGUUCCUAUAAAUAUUAGAGCUCCACCACAUAAUUUUUGUCAACAUGCAACCAUCAGAAAUGAAAUUCCUCAAAAUGCUGAUUUUCCUCGGAAAUAUUCAAGAAAGGAGAAAAAACCUUUUCCAACACCCAUUGUUGAGCUGCGGCGAGCAGCUAGGGAGAGGGUAAAGAAGAUAAAAGAUGAACCAAAAAGGAGAGCAUUGCCACCCCCAAAGAAUGGGUUGCUGGUGAAGAGCCUGAUCCCAACUGCUUACAAUGUAUAUAAUGCAAGGAUCACUUUGAUUAACAAUCUGAAGAAGCUUCUUAAAGUGGUGCCCGUGCAUGCUUGUGGGUGGUGCACUGAAAUCCAUGUAGGACCUGUUGGACAUCCUUUCAAGUCAUGUAAAGGCUCGCAAGCUAAUCUCCGCAAUAGUCUUCAUGAAUGGACAAAUGCAUUUAUUGAAGACAUAUUAGUGCCGAUUGAAGCCUAUCACCUGUAUGAUCGUCUUGGAAAACGUAUUCCUCAUGAAGAGAGAUUCUCUAUCCCCCGAAUUCCUGCAGUAGUUGAACUUUGCAUUCAAGCUGGUGUUGAAAUUCCCGAGUAUCCCACCAAGAGAAGAAGAAAGCCUGUAAUCCGCAUAGGGAGGAAAGAAUUCGUUGAUGCUGAUGAAAGUGAACUACCAGAUAGAGUCCCAGAGGAGCCUGUGAAACCAUUACUAACUGAAAUUCCUGAUUCAGAAGUAGUUGCUCCAUCUAGCAAAGAAGAGGCAGUCCACCUUGCUGAGGAAACUCUCGAAGCAUGGGAACAGAUGAGGAAAGGAGCCAAGAGACUAAUGCGAAUGUACCCUGUGAGGGUUUGCGGAUAUUGCCCAGAAAUUCAUGUUGGUCCAUCAGGGCACAAGGCACAGAACUGUGGAGCUCAUAAACACCAACAACGCAAUGGACAGCACGGGUGGCAGGCUGCAGUGCUGGAUGACUUGAUACCUCCAAGAUAUGUUUGGCAUGUCCCUGAUGUGAAUGGACCACCAUUGCAACGAGAGCUUCGUGAUUUCUAUGGGCAAGCUCCGGCUGUUGUGGAAAUAUGCAUUCAGGCUGGUGCUGCUUUACCUGAGCAGUACAAACCAACCAUGAGGCUGGAUGUGGGGAUCCCAUCAAAUUUAAAAGAGGCCGAAAUGGUAGUUUGAGAUGAAUUCCUCCUCUAAAAAACAAGAGGGUAUGGGUUGUGAAGUGUAUGCACUAUAUAGGAUGUUAAUGGAAUGCAAUGAGAAUUGUUGCUGAAACGGAGAAUACUUCUCUUGGUUUGUGCUGGCUGAGGGUUUUUUGGUGGUUAAGGCAGGAUAUGGUGCGAUAUGCUAGCCUCUGAAUACCAUAGCAGGAGAUUAAAGAAAAUGUUGAAAGUCUGGUUACUGGAACAAAGAAUAUGAUUUAAUAUUUUCUGUAACCUCUUCUUGACCAUGAGAUGAAAAUUGCAAUUUUUGAAUCAUUUUGUUAGGCUAGGGAAAAAUUAUUGAUGUCAAGUGUCACUUAACCUCCAAAAGCUUAGAGAAAUAGUGACGCCAUGAUAGUAAUGAAAAUACUCUUGUGACUAAGUUCAGUUGUUCAGUGAAGAGGGAAGAGAACGUCUCCUUUAAACAUCAA